GGGUUUUAUAGAAUACUUCAUUCUCUUUGUUCAUAUAUCAAGAUUAUUGAUAAUCGAGAACGAUAUGUUGUAGUAUUGAUUUUGUAAGCGCUUAGUUCGUACAUACGACAGGCGCCAUUGUCAUCGCGACAGUUACAGGUAUCCUCUAACCAAGCGAACUUAGUUUAUUUCUUGAUUCAAGGACGUCGCUUUUUCUUAUAUUUAUUCUUCAUAGUACACUUUUCAUUUCUCUAUAUUUGUCGGUAUCUAAGUUCCAUGCGCCAUUCACGUAGUAGUUGGCGCACGUCACGUGGAAAGCGCGCCUAAUUACAUAAUAUACUCGACGCAGACGGUAUAUUAUAUGCCACACCCCCUUCUGUAAUUCGUUGAUUUAAGGACGACUCGUCUACGAACUUUCUUUAAUUCGCGCAAAAUAAUAAAUUAAUUAACGAUCGUUAUAUAUUUUAAGGUUAUUUUAUUAUUUCUUUUUGGAUAGACGUAUGGAUUAUAUAGUCUACAUAAUGUGUAACAUUGAAGCAGAUGGUUGUUUACAAGAAAAACACAAAUUAAUAUAUUCAAAAGUAGGAAUUAGAAGGCAUUGUUCAAGAUGACGGAAUACUGGCUUAUAUCAGCACCAGGAGAUAAAACUUGUCAACAAACAUGGGAAACCAUGAACAAUUUAACUUCAAAACAAAAUUCUUUAUCCGACAACUACAAGUUUCAUAUACCUGAUCUUAAAGUGGGAACAUUAGAUCAGUUAGUUGGGCUGUCAGAUGAUCUUGGAAAGUUAGAUGCAUUUGUGGAACAAGUUACGCGUAAAGUGGCAACUUAUAUGGGAGAAGUUCUAGAAGACCAAAGAGAUAAACUACAUGAAAAUCUUUUGGCCAAUAACAGUCAAACAUCAGUGGAUGGGGAGAGCUUGAGCCCCGAAGGGGGUCCGGACACCCCGCCAAACACACCCGUUACUCCAUCACACAAGACUUCAAAGGACCAUCACAAGCAGUGGAAGGAGUUGGACAAGUCAGAACCAGAAGCAGCCGCCUGUUUAGGUCAGCAUUAUCACCAUCGUCAUCAUCACCAUGACCAUCGUUAUAGCCACUAUCAUCAGAACCAUCUAUCCAACUCUGAAAAGAAGUCAUUACAUAAUACUCAAGGUGUCAGCGAUAUUCGAACGUCGAAUGAUCCUUCGUCAGUGUAUUCAUGUUAUCGUGCACGUUGGUGCACUGCUUCAACUCCUUCAACACCUACUCCAAGUCCUGGUUCUGCAAGCCCAACCCCUUCCUUUUCAUCAACCUGCAGCAGUGAAGAAGAUAACAAAUGGCAGUCAACAAUACAUCCUAGGAGUACUGAAAAAGCAGACCGAAUCAUCUCUAAUCGUGCAUCAGUUGACAAUAAUGACGAUGACGACCAUGAUGUGGACCAAAGCGAUGACCAAGAUCAAGACCAUAGUGGCAGUUUGCCUAAUCCAGGUGAUCUACCUUCGUAUAUAACUCGAUUCCAGUGGGAUAUGGCAAAAUAUCCGAUCAAACAAUCCUUAAGAAAUAUCGCGGAUAUAAUUAGCAAACAAGUGGGCCAAAUAGAUGCAGAUCUUAAAACCAAAUCAACAACAUAUAAUAACUUGAAAGGCAGCCUACAAAAUCUUGAAAAAAAACAAACAGGAAGUUUGUUAACAAGAAAUCUAGCAGAUUUAGUGAAGAAGGAGCAUUUUAUUUUAGACAGUGAAUAUUUAUCAACGUUACUUGUAAUUGUACCAAAGUCUAACUUUCAUGAAUGGUACAGUGGGUAUGAAAAAUUAACAAAAAUGAUUGUGCCGCGAAGCACACAGCUUAUAACUGAAGACUCAGAAUAUGGAUUAUUUACAAUCACAUUGUUCAAAAAAGUUAUUGAAGAAUUUAAAUUGCAUGCUCGUGAGAAAAAGUUUAUUGUGCGCGAUUUCACAUACAAUGAAGAAGAACUUGCUGCAGGUAAAAAUGAGAUUACAAAACUGGUAACUGAUAAGAAAAAACAAUUUGGAUCACUAGUACGUUGGUUAAAAGUAAACUUCAGUGAAUGCUUCUGUGCUUGGAUUCAUGUUAAAGCUCUGCGUGUAUUCGUAGAAUCUGUUCUUAGGUAUGGUUUGCCAGUUAAUUUCCAAGCAAUUUUAUUACAACCACAUAAAAAAUGUAUGAAGCGAUUACGUGAUGUUUUAAAUCAAUUGUACGCUCAUUUGGAUUCUUCUGCUACUGCAUCAUCACAGAACCAAGAUAGUGUGGAUAUACCAGGAUUAGGAUUUGGACAAAGCGAUUAUUUUCCUUAUGUGUAUUAUAAGAUUAAUGUGGAUAUGGUUGAUAGUAAGGUGUAAUAAUUCACACUUGUAAAAAUC